UGUUGUCAUAUACAAAUAUAUAAAUAUUAAAUAUUAAAUCGUCACAAUUUUAAACAAUUUGUUUAUAAUGAAAUUAAUUUUAUAUUUCACGGCAACAUUUGUGUCGGCUUCUUUGGCUGCGAUUGACCUAGAUGGUCAAUGGAAUCAGUGGAAAACGAACUUCAACAAAUAUUACAGUACUUCAGAAGAUGAAGAUAACAAGCGUGUCGUUUGGGAGAUGAACCUGGAAUAUGUUAAUGCCCACAACAAUGAUGUACAGUCAGAAUUCAGAUUAGCAAUGAAUGAAUUUGCAGACCAGGAACCUUCAACACGCCCACAGAUUAAAACUGAUUCUGUAAGAGUGUAUGAAGACAUUGAACACAAUUGGACUUUUUUACCGGCGACUUUCGAUUGGAGAACAAAAGGUGCUAUAGGUCCGGUAAAAAAUCAAGGGCAGAUGGGACAAGUACUCCCAAUUGCAGCAAUAGAAACUAUGGAAAGUUAUGAAUUUAUCAAAAAUGGACGUUCGAUUCCAUUAAGCUUGCAAGAAGUUGUGGACUGCUGCAUCCAUGGUUCUGGGUUGGUGACAACGGUGUUUAAUUGUAUACACAAUAUAGGUGGUCUGUGUUCAAUGGCAGAUUAUCCAACACAUAGUUCGGCUGGACAGUGCAGAAAUACAAGUUGUACGCCUGUUGUACGGAAUGUGGGGACAAUGGCAGUUGCAGAAGGAAACGAAGACCAAUUACAGAUAGCCGUGUUACACUUUCCAGUAAUGGCAGUUAUUGAUGCUAGUCUUCCGUCAUUUCAGUUGUAUCGAUCUGGGGUGUACGAUGCACCAAAGUGUAGUUCAACAAAACUUGAUCACGCAGUUCAGAUAGUUGGAUACGGUUCAGAAGAUGGAAAAGAUUAUUGGAUAGUCAAAAAUAGCUGGGGUGUAAACUGGGGAAUGCAAGGUUACAUCCUGAUGAGCAGGAAUAAGAAUAACCAGUGCGGUAUUGCCUCUGACGCCACCUAUCCUGUCUAACAAAUACUACAAUUAAUGUGGUAUUGUCUUUGAUGCUAUCUAUCCUGGUUAACACAUACUGCUUGGUUAAAUAUGUUAUCAUCAUGCAAAUAAAACACAAAACUAAUAGUAAUGUUUAUGUCUGCCUGCGAUGCAUUUUUAUUAAAAAAAGAAA